AUGAUGGCGGCGUCCAAAUACUAUACCUUCGCGAGGACGGGGAGACAGCCACAGUGGUGGUUGAGGAAGGAAAGCCAUAGUUCAGGGGGCGUGGGGCGAUGA